AUGGAAUAUGGAGUUGACCUCACGUAUAGUCAGGCAUACCACGGUUUACAAUUCACCAAGCAAUUUCUUUGGGGUGAUGACAUCAAGUCUUAUUCAGAAUUUGUUUGGUAUAAAGAUGCCAUUGAACAUUACAAUCCUGGAAGCGUCGUGAAUUUUGAGUUUGAUAGUGUGACGCGUCGGUUCAAAAGGUUUUUCGUGGCCUUUGAAGCUUCUAUAACUGGUUUCAACAAUUACUGCCGUCCGAUGCUAUUUAUCGGUUGUACCUUUCUCACUGGGAAGUUUAAAGGUGGUCUUAUGGUUGCUUGCGGCAAAACUGGUAACCAAGAUUUUAUUGGAUCAACUGUGAUUGUUGAUCCAACUAAAAUGGAUCAACUUUGUUUGUUGAAACUAGUUACUGGUCACUUAUUUUUGUUUCUGGGUAUUAUUCGUGAAGAUCGUCCACUGACCAUCAUAUCAGAUCGUGGAAUCGGCCUUUUGAAGCAUGUUCCUGAAGUCUUCCCAAAUGCUUUCCAUUCGUUCUGUUUGUACCAUAUGAAAGGAAAUAUUCAUGUUCCAAAGGGCAGGAGUAGACAAACUGCAGUCAAUUUAUUCGAAGAGUGCUACACUGCAUUAACAAAGGAAAAAUUUUAUGUUGCUGCGAAGAGUAUGAUUAAUCUAAAGUUGGAUUUAGUGGUUGUUUGGAUGAUGAAGAUUCCAUUCGAGAAUUGGGUUGCUCAUGCAUUUCUAGGAGAAAGGUGGGGUGAGAACACAUCUAAUAUUGCUGGGAGUUUUAACAACGUCAUUAAGCAUGAUAAGCCGCUUCCAGCACUUGAGCUUGUUGAUGUUAUUCGUGCUAAGGUAAUGGAGCAGAAUUACAAGAGGUUAGUGGAGUCUAACAAGUGGACUACAAGGCUCACUCCUCGUAUCCAAUCAACAUUUAACAAGAGGAUAAACGACUGCCGUGCAUACAAGUUUCGGAGAGCAAGUGAGAAGGUAUUUGAGAUCAUUUCUCCAACUGGGAAGCAUACUGUCGACUUGGAUUCUAGAACUUGCACCUGCAAAUGGUGGCAAAAAUAUAGCUUUCCUUGCACUCAUGCAAUGAAAGCAAUGUUGCAUAUUGGAAAUGAUGAACCGUACAACUACAUCAGCCCUUACUAUACUUCUGACUACUAUAGAAGGUUGUACUCUCGACCCAUUUAUCAUAUUCCUGACUCUGAGAAUCCACUUGGAAUUAAUGAAAAGGGGUAUUUUUGCCUCCCACCGGUGGUCGAGAACAAUCCGGAAGACCUAAAGGUGUUAGGUACAGGGGUUCUCGUGAAAAGGUGCGGAAGAAGAGGAAGUGUGUCCAGUGUGGGAUGCUGA